UGUGGCUCUCUACCUAGCGUAUACCAAAAUAGUCAACCCCCAAGUUUGAAUAUAACCAAGAGACCAUCAAAAAGCGAUCGCUAGCUUGCAUUAUAAAUAGCAGACCACAUUCCUCUGAAUGAAGCCAAAAAGAGAAUCUCUCGGAGUUCCCUUUAAAAAUGUUCACAGAAGAUGAUCAGUAUGCUAUGAAAUUUCGUGCUGAUAUCAUUAUUCGGAUAGUUGAAUUUACAAACAAUUCAAAUGCGUGUGAUCUGCAUGGAAUUAUAUCCAGCCCCUCCUGGAAUGCAGCUGCCCACUUGGAAAGAGCUGGUAGGUGACACUGGCCGCUAUGGAAGUAACAAGAUGAAGGUUGUCUCCAGAGUUUCAAUCAAUCCAGUUCACCCUCAUGUGCUCUGUCAUCAGAAUACCAAAGACUUAUUAACGCCAGUUAAAACAACAGCUGUGCAUGGGUCUGAAUGCUUGGUUGGAAGGUUGUUGCAAACUACAGUGACAACUCUUCUAAAAUCCCAGCUUGAACGUUGUAGGGAGUUGGAGGUGUUAGUAUCUGGAAAUAAUUACGAACUAUUCCAUGGAAGAGUAAAAAAAUUAAAGAUCUCAGCAAAAGGAGCUAUGUAUAAGGGAAUCUACCUCACAAAUGUACAAUUAACUGCCGAGGACAUCAAACUGAAAUUGAAUAGUUCAAGGCUUCUUAAAGAGCCAUUUCGGGUGAGGGCUUCUGCUCAAAUUAAUGAGCAAGAUUUAUUAUCCAGCCUGUCGAGCCCCUUGGUGGCGAAAUUGGUAGCUGAGAUAUCAUCAGGAAGGCUUCGUAUUGAUCUCUCGGAUAUAAAUUUGAGUUUGAAAAAAGGAGCUUUACAACUACAACCAGAUUCAUUGCCUAAAAUUUUGAGGGUUGCCAGUACAUCUUAUAACAAAACAGAUGAAGAUCAGAGAACAGCUUUAAAAUUACAAGUAGAAGAUGAGGGAAGUCUUUCCAUAUUUUCCAACAAUACAGAGACUGCAAGUGAUAGUGAACCUGCCUAUCUGAAGAAAUUCUGGUUAGGACCUGAUGUCAGCAUCAAGACACUGGAAGUGCAAAGAUCAGGAAUUUUACUUGAUGGCCAUUUCCUUGUACGACCAUGAAACAAUGUACUCGUGGACUUCAUGUUGCAACUUCCUUGUACAACUAUAGACAUGUACUCGUAGACUCCAUAUUUCAGAAGUCUUUUACAGAUCAAAUAUUUUAUAUGUACUUUAUUUUCCUUUUAAGGGCUUUAUCCCCACACAAUUGAUUUUUAAGCUGAAUCCACAUCAGUCACGGAAGUGAUAAAAAAGAUUCUGCACCAAAGUAUUGUUAUUUAAUGUAACCUUGGCCCAUGUAAUCGGGCAAAGAUAUUCGCUCUCAGCUACCAUUACAAAAAUGGUUGAAUGAGAAUUUGGGUUCUGACGGUAAAUCAUUUCAAACCAGAGGUACAUGAUUGGAUGACUUCUAAGUUCGCCGUUGAUUUUUUACAGAUAAGUUUUCGAGGAGGGGUGUUUAAUGUAAUUCUUUAAAUAAAUGUUCCAUGCCUUUGGCCAA